CGACUCCAGAGAAUGCGCACCCGCAGAACCUCGAGUCGCAGUCAGAAGAGUUCGAAACGAAGGUCGGGGCGUAAGUAGUCGAUCAAUACAUCGACCAACUUGAUCAAUGAAGCCAGCACAAACAUUUUUGUCUCUGUUGACUGCCGCCGCCGUCAGUGUCGGGUUUGCAUCCGUGCAGUUGAUCGCUUCAAGGACGGCAGCAGUGCGUUUCCAGCCUCUUCUCGACAUCGUCCGGCGAAGCGUCCUCCAUUGUAGCCGGAGCAGCAGUACCACCCGGUCCCGAUCAUCAUUUUCCACGAGGAAGAACGAUGACGGUGACGGUGACGACAGCACCACCACACGGCGGACAUCGCAAACCCGAACGCACCCGUCAACAUACCCGAUCAAAACCACAAAAAGGACCACGCGUCGAAGGACCAGCAUAACUUCAGCCGCAACCGCAACUGCCUCCUCCACACUUUCCGAAUCCCAAUCUCGAUCCCCAUCCGAAACGGCGCCAUCAGCCGACGAAAACAAACCCAGCGGCCUCUCCGCAGGCGCAGCAGCGGGCAUCGCCGCUGGAGCAGUAGCGUUCGUCGCCAUCAUAGCCGCCGCCGCCUUCCUCCUCUGGCGCAGACGACAAGGUGGGAUUCGCGGCGCAGUGGUCACGGCCGACUAUCCCCAGGGCAUGUCUUCCAUGUCGGACGCGGAACCGAAAAUGCCCCCGCCUGCCGCUGGUGAGGACGGCCCGAACGAAAUAAACCCCGAAACCGAAAGCAGGGAUGUCGUGGAGGAAAGGCGACCAAGUAGCAUGACCGCCGCUCCGAGCGAGACACGGUACAAGAUCCCGCCGGCGGGCACGCUGCCUGGCGAGCCAGGGGUUGAACACUCUGGGAAGGAAUAUCCCCAGCAACAACAACAAUGGCUACAAGAAGGUAAUCUAGGCGAAGCACGGCCCGUCAGCGCGUUCGGGACAUAUCCUCUCUCGCCAGGGCAGCCGGUGUUGCCCGUGUCGCCCAUGACACCCUACCGCCCGGAGAGCAGCAUCCUAAUGGCAGGGCAGCGGCCAACAUCGCUGCAGUCGCGGGCCCCGUCGUACCACCCUGACAUGUGCAGCAGCCCGGAGCUGCCUGCGUACAUGAUCCCUGGCGGCAACAAGUCGCGGGCCAUCAGCUUCUCGAGUGUAGCGCACUUUGGCGGCGGAUGGUCGCAGGUCGCCGAGCUUGUUGGGUCGCCGCCGCGGCGCUCGAUGCCUUCGAUGAUGGUGGUUGUUGAAGGGGGGUCGCCUACACGACGCAGCCAUGUGGAGCUGCCGUGACGAUUUGGAUGUAUUUGUUGAGCGGUGUGUUGCUGUACACGCGGGUAGAAAGGGCUCGAGACACCCUAGAACAGAUUAACUGACUGCUUUUGCGUUUCCAUUCCCACUGAA